AUGCUAGGAAGCACCGUGGCCGGCGGAAAGGCCGGCACGGAGGAGAAAGCCGCGUAUCAGUGGAAAAAAUACGGACAGAAAUUUCUCGUCUCGCAGAACGCCAAAAGGUUCUACUAUCACUGCGCGGAGCGCGACACCACCGGCUGUCCCGCGAAGCUCAUAAUCGACAAGGUCCCGAAGAAGAAAAGCAAGAACGGCCGACGUUCGGGACUUCAAGACUUGGUGGCGCGGGAAGUUCCAGAAGGAUCCGCCGCGCGACGGCCGCCGAUUAAUGGAGCCGUCGUUGGGGCCGAUCGUGAGUCCGGCUCGCCGCGAGCCGCGGUCGCUGAUGGGGGGGAGAAGGAGGAAGAGGAAGACGAUUCCAGUUUCGGAUGGGAGGAGAAUCGCGAGAUUCUCGACGCGCUUCCCGUGCUCGAGCGGCGCGUGGAUCGCACGCUCACCCCGCGCCGCUUCUGGUGCCGCAACCGGCACAACCACCUUCCGCCGCCGCAGCAGCCGCUCCACAUGGUUGUCUCCGCCGCCGCCGUCGCGCAGCCCCGCAUGUACGUCACGGCGGCGAGCGCGGGCGCGGCUAUUGCUACCGCCGCCGCCACGGUGCUUCCGCCGGCGCCGGCGGGUAUCAUGACCUUUCCGCCCGCUGCGGCGCUUACCCCGACGGUCGCGCGGACGGCCUCGUCCACCAGCGGCGCCGCUUCCGCCGCUGAAACUCCGCGCCGCCCGUUGACCCCGAAUCUGGCGGACUGGCCGUUUCCGCCCAAGUCACGCAGCCAACCGAUGGCGGGUGGAGAGGAGCGCGGAUCUCCGCCAUGCGCGCAGCCGAGUCGGAAACGGCCACGGAGCCCGGCGCGUGCGGCGGACGAUCAUCACAAGAUCAGUACUACGGACGCCGCCGCCGGCACGGGGUGGGAUCACGGCAGCGCCAUGAUGACCCGCCGCCACCGGCGGAGCGGCAAUGAUUAUCAAGUGUUGUCUGUCAAACGCGGCGAUCCCGCGUUGCUCUUUGUCCCGCCGCCGCCCGUCGCGCCCGCUCCGCCCAUCGUCCAAUAUUUAUUCCCGCACGUGGGCGCAUUCAGUGCGACGUCGACCCUUGAAGCCCCUCUACUCUCCGCGGUCCUGGAGUCGCUUUGUCCGACCGCCGCUACCGCCGCUACGACUGCUACUACAGCUGCCGCUGCUGCCGCCGCCGCUGCUGGCGCUCCCGCUGACCCUCGCGCAGCGUCUCAAAACCCUCAUACAGCCGCAGCAGCGCGCGGCGCCGGCGCCACGGCAGCGGGCGUGCGUCGAAGCGCGAGCGGGUUCGAAAGGGGGCUGCUGAGGGGAAUCGCGGGCGCGCAGAGUCCCGUCGACCUAACUCCACUCGUAUUCCCCCGCGCCGCCCACGUCUCCCCCGCGCGCGGAGACCCCGCUGACGCCACCCGCGCGCCUGCGGACGCGAGCGCGGCCACGGCGCUGGCGGAGGGAUUCGACGGGGGUGGUGCGGCGUGUGGGAAGGCGGAUGAGGGUUUUGACACGCUGUGGUCUUACGUGGAGGCGAAUCUGCUACAGCGCGUGGCGUCGCAAGCAGCAGCAGCAGCAGCAGCAACCGCUGCUGCCCCGCACUGGGUCGCAUCACAAUCAGCAGCAGCAACAGCAACAGCUGCUGCAUAUAAAGAGGCUGCUGGGCCGCACAGGCUGGCGGCAGAUCAUGAUGAGGGCAAUGCCGUUCAACACAGGCUGGCAGUGAGUCUGCCACGUGGACUGCCAGGAUUGGGCGAUGCGCAGCGAGAGGCGGUGCGGCAACAGCGGGCGGAGGAGGGUGCUGCCCAUGCUGGAACGAGCUGCACUGCUCUGCCCCCUCUCUCGUCCUCCUUCCCUGCUGCUUCCACUUCUGCUGCUGCUGCUGCCGCCUCUGCUCCUGCUGCCUCUGCUCCUGCUGCCUCUGCUCCUGCUGUCUCUGCUCCUGCUGCCUCUGCUGCUGCUGCUGCUGCUGCCGCCGCUGUUGGUGGUGGUGUCACCACGGGCGUGGCGAGCAGAAGAUUCGAGGAGCUUCAAGCGCUUUACCUUCAAGGGCUGCUGAGCGGUCAGGGUCUGGUGGGGAGCGGUGGUGAGGGGUUAGUGGGGAUGGAAAGGCUCUCAACAGAGAAGAAGAUGAGUGCGCUUGCUGGGAAAGGAGUGGGUGAGGUGGAAGGGAGGACGUUGUGUGUGGAUGAGGGGAAACCGGGGUUGAGGGAUGCAGGAGGAAGAGGGGGAGAUGGAGGGAUGGUGGUGCCACGUGUGGCAGUGGAGAUGGAUUUGAUUGGUCAGCUUGGUGAUGGGACAGCUGUCGGCAGGCAAGCGGCAGGCAGUGGUGCUCCUCAGGUGCUUUCAACAGACCUGUGUCUCUGA